AUGGCACCGAUCAAACACAAGGCACUCAUCAAUGUUGAUCUGGGAGAGGGUUAUGGAAAUUGGACUCUUACCGAAGACAACGAAUUACUCCCAUUCAUCGACCAUGCGAAUAUCGCGUGUGGAUUUCAUGCCUCGGACCCUCUAAUUAUGCAAGAGACUGUACGAAGUUGCAAAGAGCACGGCGUCAAGAUCGGAGCUCAUCCCGGCCUGCCAGAUCUCCAAGGAUUCGGUCGACGUGAAAUGAAGCUCUCCACAGAAGAACUCACUGCCAUCACAAUUUACCAGGUUGGAGCUCUGAAAGGGUUCCUAGACCGGGAGGGUGUCCCUCUUCACCACGUCAAGCCUCAUGGAAGUCUGUAUGGUAUGUGCUGCAGAGACUACGAUGUCUCCAAAGCUGUCUUCGAGGGCAUCCCCAAGGGCGUCAAGGUGUUUGGCCUUCCGGGUACCUGCAUGGAGCAGGCUGCCCGAGAUUUGGGCAUCGAGUUUGUUGCAGAGUUUUAUGCAGAUGUCAAGUACAACCCUGAUGCUUCUCUGUUGAUUGAACGCAAAAAGAAGGCUUGGAAUCUUGAUGAGGUGCGACAACGCGUCACCCAGCAAAUGAAAACAUGCACUGCGUCUGCAAUCGAUGGCUCAACCUGUCAAUUGCCUGUCAAAGAUUAUCCGAUCUCAAUUUGUUGCCAUUCCGAUGUUCCUGGGUGCUUGGAGCUGGUGAAAGCGACCAGAUCCGUGGUGAACACCUUUAACAAAAAAUACUUCCCCAAUCAAUAA